ACAAGCUGAACAGACGCACUGUGUUGGUUCGACCCGUCAGCAAGCAAGAACCUUUCAGCCACUUCUCUGGCUUUUUCCCUCCUACGGCAGCUAAAGUGCUGGAGGGUUCUCAUCAGCAGCAUGGCUUCCUGUCAAUAACCUACACACAGGCCAUUACCAAAAACGUUCGUCACAAACUCACCAGUCGGCCUGAGCGGCCAUCACGCAGCAGUGUCGCCAUGGCAACCCAGAGGAUCGCUGCGGAUCCCCUGGCUGAUGGUUCACCUCAUUACCUGAGAGAGAUCCUGCUGACUGCCCAGCCCUUCGAUGUUGUUCUAUUUUGUCCCUUACUGACCACCGUAGCAGGGGUGUUUCAGGCAACUGUACCAAGGCGCUACAGAGAACGUGGGAAAUCAGCAGGUCAGCCAAUGAGGAGCCACACAUUAACUUCAAGGUGUUUGCCCCUGAUUUACAUCAACACCAGUGUGAUCAGGGUCUUCUGCCACGGAGCACAAGACAGACAGACUGCUUCAGACUUCAAUGAGAAGAAGGAAGACACGCUGGUCCUAAAGCUGGGUUCCCUCAGCAUGGCUCCUCAGGCCGAUAACCCGCUGACCCGAACUGUGCUGCGGAAAGAUAUCUACCAGUAA